CUGGCCUGGAGCUUCCUCAAGGCCGGCUUUGCCCGCCAAGGUGCCAAAGAGAAGCAGCUGCUGAAGGAGGGCAACGCCUUCAACGUCUCGUCCUUCGUGCUGCGUGCCACCAUGAGCGGGCAGUACUGGCCCGAGGGGGACGAGCUGUACCACGCCGAGCUGGCCGUGCCCGUGCUGCUGGUGCACGGCAUGCACGACAAGUUCGUGCCCAUCGAGGAGGACCAGAGGAUGGCAGAGAUCCUGCUGAUCGCCUUCCUGAAGGUGAUCGACGAGGGCAGCCACAUGGUGAUGCUGGAGUGCCCGGACACGGUGAACACGCUGCUGCACGAGUUCGUCCUCUGGGAGCCCGACACGCCCGCGGCCCGCGGCGACGGCGACACCAAAUGAGGGCCAGCGACACGCGGGGACAGCGGGCUGGCCGCUGCCGCGGGAGAGGCGGAGCGCGGAGCGGGCUCGGCCCGGCCGCCAGCCCGGUUUGGGCCCGGGGGCGAGCGAGGAGCGACCCCGGGCUGGGAUGGCAGCGCCGGGAGAGGAGCCGGGAGUGCCCGGGGCCGGGGACAGCGGGGACACGGCACG